UGCGCCCCUAUAAAAGCGGUGGCGCGCGCGGGGGACCGCACACCGGGAGCGGCGGCACCGGAGCGGCCAUGAGCGAGCGCAGCCCCCAUGAGUCCCCCUCUCUGGCGGAGGCCCCCGGCAGGCAGCAGGAAGCCAAAGCUGGUGACCCCAAGAAGGAGGAGGAAGAGAUCGACAUUGACCUGAGCGCGCCUGAGACGGAGAAAGCUGCACUCGCCAUCCAGGGCAAAUUCCGCCGCUUCCAGAAGCGGAAGAAGGAGUCGGGGCCCUGAGCUGCUCUGGGGUCCUGGGACUCCCUGCCUGCGACGGGCACCCUGCUCUUGCACGUGGGCAUGGUCCCAUCUUGACCUCUGCCAUGCUGGGGCUGCCCCAUCCUCUGCGAGCGGGGCUAGGGGGGGCUCAGCCCUUCCCUACCCCUCGCCCACCCCUGAGCCAGGACCCUGGGUGAAGCUGGGGAGCCAUCGUGGGGGGAACACAACCAAGUCCUGUGCCCCCUGGAGUGGAGGUGGCCCUUGUGUGAAGGGGUGGCAUAAAAAUGCCCUUUUUCCUGAGGCAGCCUCCUUUUCCCUGUCCAUGGCGAUGAUGCUGGCUGCUGGGGACACUAAGGGCAGGGGGAACGGGACUGCUGUCCCCUGAGCAAGGGAAGUCCCUGUCCUGUCCCAGGAGGUGCAACACUGCAGGGGUGACGGGUCUUACUGCAGGCUGCAGCCCACCGCAGGAAACCGGGGCUCCCCCUGCACAGUGCUCCCCAUCCUCGCACUGUCCCCUCCUCACGCUUCUGUCAUUGUCACCAUCCCCUGUCCCCUCCUCUGGGGGGGCUUUUAGCAUGUGUAAAAAAUAAACCAUUGAGAAGAGGA